UAAAAGGCAUUUACCUAAAUACUUUGUAAUUCAAAAUAAAUAAAAAAAGAAAAAAACCUCUUAAAGGCUAAAUAUUUAUAAAAAACAAAAUAAAAAUAAAAAUGAUUAAUAAUGAGACACGGUUUUUCGUACGCAGCUUUGUCCGUUUCUUGAAUAAACAAAUUGCGGACGGUCAGCUCGGCAAUGAUUCGGUCGAAUCUCUAGAGGUAGUUAUUCAGUGUUUAGAAAACGUGUAUGAAUUUAAUGACGAAACGGGAGCCGAUGAAAAGGAUAAUCCUAUAAAUAACUUUGAUUUGUACGAGUUGUAUAGUAGUACUUUACUGAAUGUUACACCUGAGCGAAAAGAAGAAGCUGAAAGCAUGAAAAACGAAGGAAAUCGGCUAAUGAAAGAAGAGAAGUAUCAAGAAGCUUUAAACAUGUAUAACAAAGCCAUUGCUUUGGACGCCACAAAUGCUGUUUUUUAUUGUAAUCGUGCAGCAGCAUUUAGUCGGAUUGGAGACUACAAUCGUGCCGCUGAAGAUUGUAAAAUGUCCUUAAAAUAUGAUCCAAAAUAUAGCAAAGCCUACGGACGACUUGGACUUGCUUAUUCUAAAAUGAAUAAGCAUGAACUGGCUUUAGAUGCAUAUAAAAAAGCUAUUGAGAUAGAACCAGAAAAUGUUGAUUAUCAAAAUAACAUGAAGGUAACAGAGGAACGCUUACAACAACAGCAAUCAGGAGCAGGGUCUAUUGGAGCAUCAGAAGGUUUAUUCCCUGGACUUAAUCCCAAUAUUGAUUUCGCAGCUGCUCUCAACAAUCCGGCACUUGUUCAAAUGGCGUCUCGAAUGAUGACUGAUCCUAAUAUUCAAAAUCUAUUAUCUCAGCUAAGUGGAAUGCAAAACGUUGAUUCAUUGGUUGAAACUGGACGCCAAUUGGCACAAAAUUUAGCCAGCCAAAACCCUGAUUUGAUAGCUAACAUAAGACGUCAAUUGGAUCCCGACAACAACUCAUCUAACAAUGAUAAUCAACCUCCUCCGGGAACUAACUAAUCUUUAUUUCGGUAAAAAUGGUACAUGAUUGCGAUUUAUCCUUUUCGCCCGGGAUUUAAUUCAUUUAAAAUUAAACUUAUGUUGUAAUUGCAGAAUAAAUACAUAGUAAAAUACAUACGUAUUGCACGCUAGUAAUUUCAAAAAUUGUGUUAAUAAAUAUUAUAUCUAUUCAAUGAUGCAAAAAGGAAUAAAAAUUAUUAGCUGACCCGUUA